UGAAUUGCAUUCAAAUGCAACCCGCGAAGGUAAACGGUGGCGCAAAUCAGGGGAACUUUCCCUCCAAAAACUUUUGAAGCGGUUCCCGAAGGGCGGGAAGCGUGAACCCGCGUGCGUGCUGCGUGUCGCGCAUCGAUCGGGCCACCCCUCGCCCUCGCCACUCCCGGCUCCGAUACAUUCAUUUGGACAAAAUAUCAUUCCAUCAUUGCAUUUAUAGUAUUCCCCGUUUCUUUUAUUUAUUUGCGGUAGAAUUUAGUGAUUUAGUGCAUGUUUUAGCGGCUAGUUUACAUAUUUAGUAUUUGUGAAAAUGGGUGGCUGUGCAACGAAAGAAAAUAAGGAAAACAAACCGGCUGACGAAGCCGACGGGUGCGUAUUUCUGUGACCGGCAUUUAAUCCCGGUGCUCACUGCCAAUUUUUAUGUUGUUAUAGUAAAAUCUUGUGCUAAUCAGUGUUAUUAUUGCAUAAAUGCUCAUAAAAUAGUUCGUUGGCUAAUAUUCUGUGUUAAUAUUAUUCUAUACUUUGUCCGUAUACUCGAUUUAAUUGCAAAAUCCAAUGUCCUUAAUAUUGGAUCUAAACGGGAUGUAAAAAUUGGGCAGUAGCGGAUAAAUUGGCCGCGUUAUAAUUUUUGCAUUUUAAAGUUACAUUCAACCUUUUAGUUUUGGCAUAUUGUGUAUGAUAGUGUUAUUCCUAGUCGUCCGAUUGUUGCUAGAAUUUUCAUAAUAAUUUUUACAUUUUUGUCAUUUAGCUAAAAGAGUAACCUAAAUUAUAAAACCCGUUUUAGUGUAGUUUAAGGAAACAAACAACAAAAUAAACUACCGAUGACAUGCAAUGCUCUUUGGCAUAUAUGCACCUACAUACAUUCAUUAUUCAUAAUCAUAUCAACUCAUAUCCAAUAUCACGAUUGGUGUAAUUCAAGGAACGAUAAGUUGAUUCCGUAAUCCGACGAUGUUUAAUUACUGCAUUACCUUCUCGAAUAGAAAUGAAUGCAAAGUAACAAGAAACUUGCGAUAACACAUUCGUUCGUUGGUUGUGAGUGGGAGGUACGGCUGCGCGCGGCGAAGAAGCACCGGUGCGCAGUGAGCUGACACAUCCGUUCGACUUGCGCGUGUCGGUCAAGGCGACCUCUAGCUAAAUUACGUAAUUCCGCCACAAAACGAAGUGUAUCCCUGGGUGUGUUCGGCCAAAAACAAUCCCAAACACGAACCAGUCCGCGUAACAUCUCCAGUUCCAAAAGUUCUCACACUCAUUUUUAAAUAUAACUAGUGGCUGUAGUUAAUUCCAUCAGUAUGAAUUAUAAACUGAAAGUCACAAUUCCUGUGGUGGUUUGCGGUGGUGCCGUUCUCGCGUAUUACCUCAUCAGGCGAAAAGCCGCAGCAAUGGUGGACGCCGCAACCAUCGAGAAGUUGGAGGCUGGUUUCAGCAAGCUCCAGGCCUCUGACUCCAAGUCACUGCUGAAGAAGUACCUUACCAAGGAGGUAUUCGACGCUCUUAAGAACAAGAAGACCUCCUUCGGCUCAACUCUUCUGGAUUGCAUCCAGUCUGGUGUUGAGAACUUGGACUCUGGUGUCGGAAUCUACGCCCCCGACGCUGAGGCGUACACAGUGUUCGCCGACCUGUUCGACCCCAUCAUCGAGGAUUACCACAAUGGCUUCAAGAAAACCGACAAGCACCCCGCCAAGAACUGGGGUGAUGUCGAGACCCUCGGCAACUUGGACCCUGCCGGCGAGUUCGUUGUCUCCACCCGUGUGCGCUGUGGUCGCUCCAUGGAGGGCUACCCCUUCAACCCCUGCUUGACCGAGGCCCAGUACAAGGAGAUGGAAGAGAAGGUUGCCAGCACUCUCUCUGGACUCGAGGGAGAACUCAAGGGUACUUUCUACCCCUUGACUGGUAUGUCCAAGGAGACCCAGCAGCAACUCAUCGAUGACCACUUCCUGUUCAAGGAGGGUGACCGUUUCCUCCAGGCUGCCAACGCUUGCCGCUUCUGGCCCUCUGGCCGUGGUAUCUACCACAACGAGAACAAGACCUUCUUGGUAUGGUGCAAUGAGGAGGACCAUCUCCGUCUUAUCUCCAUGCAGAUGGGUGGUGACCUGAAGCAGGUGUACAAGAGGCUGGUGACCGCUGUCAACGACAUUGAGAAGCGCAUUCCUUUCUCCCACGAUGACAGGCUUGGUUUCCUCACUUUCUGCCCCACCAACUUGGGAACAACUGUCCGUGCCUCAGUGCACAUCAAGCUGCCCAAGCUGGCUGCCGACAAGGCGAAGCUGGAGGAGAUCGCUUCCAAGUACCACCUGCAGGUGCGCGGUACCCGCGGCGAGCACACCGAGGCUGAGGGUGGAGUCUACGACAUCUCCAACAAGAGGCGCAUGGGACUCACCGAGUACGACGCCGUCAAGGAGAUGUACGAUGGCAUCGCUGAACUGAUCAAAAUUGAGAAGACACUGUAAAUCGGUUAACGAUCUCGUGUUAUCAGUAUUUUUUGUAUUAUUUAUCGUUUUCAUGUAAGAAUUGAUUGGAUGUCGGAUUGGUUGGGCCGGCAAACGGCACUAGUCAGCGCCCCGCGAGUGUGGCCGGCCACGCAAGCGGCCCUAUACUGUUUUUCGUAAAAGUAUUUUCUAUAAGGAAAUGGAAAAUAAAGACAGCUAGCGUUAAGACCA